AUGGUUUUCGCACUCAAAUCAAUCGUGCUUGUCACAAUGCUUGCAGCCGCCCAGGCUCUUCCCUCUCCUGCUCCUGCCUCCUCGGAAUUGGAAAAACGAGCAGCCAUUCCCGUGUGUCUUGCGGCUUGUACGCUCGCAUGCUUGAGCCUACCACCUCCAGCAGACCUAGCGUGCGAGGUCUCUUGUCUGGCUUUCUGCCUCGGAAGUGUUGAAACCGGAGGAAGUAUUGGGAGCGUCGAUUCCGCUAAAGGAGUCAUUGUUGCUGGGAAUGGAGAUGUCAUCUUCACAGCCAGCAGCACCUAA